UUUACAUACAUAUAUAUAUAUAUAUAUAUAUAUUUUUUUCUUUUUAAUUACAUUUCUGAAACCUGAUUUUCUUUGAAAAUUGAUGAUAUUUUUGACUAAACUCGAAAAUGUAAUCAUACAGAAUUAUCCAUAUUUGGUGAUAAUUUACUUUGGAUGCUUUUUCAGAAAAAAAAAAAUCCGAACAAAGUGAACCAAAAUAAAACUGAAUCCAUAUUGCAAACCUUAUAUAAGACUAAUCCAACUUUAAAUAAACAAUGCGUAAAUAUUGAUAUUCAACCAUAAAGCAUUAAUAUACUUUUGUUUCAAGACAAUGUAGUGAACCAAUUAUAUAUUUUUAUAAAAGAACAAAUUAUAUUAGCAAUCGUCUAGGUAGUGGCUUAACACUAAUCCUUUAUUGUAAGUCUAAGAAUAAUGAUAUCGGUGUCGGAACUCUCGCACCGGAUAGUUCUUAGUCAUUUGAUUUUAGACCAAAUAUUUUUGGAACAACCCUCUUUUAUUGUCGUUUAAUGUGGGCUCGAGAAGCACAUUCGUUUGAUAUUUAUAAUGAUUAAGAGUAACCCAUGCGUCGAUUGUACGUGGAAUAUAGGCCAGAAUAGGUCGUGCAGAUUUAACCAAAAAACCAAAUGUAUUUGACCUAUGUUAUAAUUGGAGCAAGUAAUUUGCAUAUGUAUACUUUUUUCAUUAUUUUACUUAAAUUUCUACAACUUGAACUUAUUUGAAAAUAAUGAUAGAUUUGAUUAAACUCUAAACCGAGAUCAUACAAAAUUAACCAUAUUCAGAUUUUACAUUGUAUAGUAUUUAUUCAUAAACAUAAUUUUUAGAAAUAAAUCGGAACACAUCAAACCAAAAUUAGAUUAAAAUUCAUAUUGCAAACAUUAUAAUAACUAAAAGAAUUAUUUACAUAAAAUAAAAACUAUAUAAUUCUUAAAUUCUUAUUGAAUCUGGUUCCAUUUGGAUUAGUUUUAAAUUUAUUUUUUCUGAGUAUAAAGUUUUGAACCAAUAUAUGUAUCUAUAAAUUUUUAAUUUAUUUUUUUGUUGGAGUUUCUUACAAACAUAUCUCAACAUUUUUAUUUUGUAGCACAAUCACCUAUAUUACAAGAUUUCUAAGCAAAAGUUUUGACGUAGUGUCAGUUUAAUUUGGAAAUCUAAAACAAAACAGAAAAAUAUCAAUGAUUUUAUCUUUUAUGAUAAGAUUUUUAGAGAUGCACAUCUACUAGACCAUGAAUUGAACAAUUAUGGGAAAAUAUCUCUAUAUAUACAUGUUAAUCUGUAAAGUGAUAUAUGUAUGUAUGUUUUGAUUAGGUAUUAGCUUUGACUUUUGUUUCAAUAUACAUUGUACUAUUGACCCUAAAAAAUUUCAAAAUAGAAUCAACACCGAGAUGGGCUCAUCAAAGGUUUCUUAUGAGUACUAUACUACAAAUAGUAUUCGUAGAAUACACUUUGAACUUAAAAAAGUAUAGCAAAAAUGAAGAAAUGGCAAGUUUAUGUGAUGGUCAUAUCUCUAUUCGUCCAUUUGGCGGCGUCACGGGUGGAAAGUAUUUUUGAUAGGGGGAGAAAGGUGGAGAUUACCAAUAAGCUUGGUGGUGGCUUAACAUUAACACUCCAUUGUAAGUCUAAGGAUGAUGAUCUCGAUGUCCAAACUCUCGCACCGGAUAGUAGUUGGUCAUUCAAGUUUUCACCGGCUGUUCUCAAAACAACACUCUUUUUUUGUAAUUUUACGUGGGGUGGAGAAUCCCAUUGGUUUGAUAUCUAUGAUGAUAACAGAGAUGGUGAUGGUAGGGAUUUUCCAUGUUACUUAUGUCGGUGGAAUAUAAACCGUAGUCAUCCAUGCAGAGCUGAUACCAAUAGAUUUGUGAAACAAUGUUAUGAUUGGAAUAAGUAAUUUACAUAUAUAUAUAUUUUUUAUUUUAUUACAUUCCUGAAACCUUAAUUUAUUUGACGAUUGAUGAUAGAUUUGAUUAAACUCUGAACUGUGUUAAACCAUAGGAAAUGAAAUUGGCCAGCGAAUUGUUUUGUGUAAUCAAUAUUCAAAAAAAAUAUUUAGAUGAUAAUUAGACGUUUUGUAAAAGAUUAGCUUCUAGUCGAACACCUAAAUGAUGUCUAGACCAAAUUUAAAAAAAAAACUCGCUCUUAAAAAAUUGUUCCAAACGCCUACGUAAACGAAUAGAUGUCAUAUUAAUCGAUUUUCAUAAUGUGUGUAAUCAAAUAUAUUAAGUUUUUUCUAAAUUUAAAGAAUUAUAUUUUUAGAACAUAUUGUGAAUAAAAAUUCGGACCUCUACCAUAAAAUAUUUUACUUUGAUUAGGAUAGUUUUAUCUUAAAUUUAUAUUAGAAUUACCAUUGUCGCUGAUACAGCAUUGGAAUUUGGAAGCAUUGUUAAGAAUCACUUCAUCUCUGGGCCAUGCAAAAUCUCACGACACAAAUACUAGUCUAUAGGAACUGCGACAUGCAUAGUUAGGAGUUUGGAUAGUAAAGCUGGAACUGGAACCGUGCGUGUGAUAUAUAUUUUAUUUAUGUGAAUUAGCUUUUGUUUUUGAGAGAAGUAAUGAUGAAGAUUGUAAUCGAAACUUUUAAAGAUGAUCAAAGUGAAUAAAAAAAGGAGAAGUAGAGCAAAAGCUCUCGACUUUUCUCUGUUCCCAUUGAAGCAUCAGUACUUCAUGCUCAUCCAUCGUUACAACACUUUCCCUUUAUUUUAAAAUUACACCUUUUUCUUUAUUUGUUUUUCUUGUUGUAAUUGUAUUAAGCUUUAAUAUGUACAUUCACGAUCUGCUCUCGGGGACGAUCAUGCAUUUACCUCCAUCUUCCACAUUCCUCUUCACCGUCUUUUUAAUGUAACCGUUGCUGAGGUAGUUUCGUCUUCGGUAUAGGAUCUGCUCUCGGGACGAUCACAUUAUUUACUGGAGAAAAUCUAGAAACAGAGCUUUAUCCUCUGUUUUUCUUAACUUCAUAACGUUGAGUUAGUUCAGAGUCAGAAGAUGAGAAGAUACUGGAGUUGGAAUCAGAAGAAGACGACACAGAGCCAAAGAACCGAUCUUAGUGAAGUUUCCGGUCAGGAACUGAUUUCGGCCUCAAAAUUCUUGCUCCGAAUAAGCAAAGAUGGGCCAUGCAGGUUCAACCAAGCUACUAAUGCCUUUGAUGUAUGUUAUUAUUGGAACGGCGAUCGAAAAGAAUAGGUUUUCUUAUUGUUAUUAUUUUUCUUGUGUUGCAUGAAAAAUUCUAGUAAAGAAUGAAUGUUUUAACAAAGAAACAAAAUACAAGAUACGAACUAUACCAUUUAAAUAUAAUCAUUUGAGUCAUUUCAAUUUGGAUAUAUGUCUGUGUGUAAUUGUGAAGAAUAACAGGUAUGGAAGUGUGUUAAACAACAUGAAAUGAAAUUUGGCCAGUGAGUGUGUAAUUAUUAUUCAAAAAAAUCUUACUAAACGCUUAGUGUCUACCUGGACGUUUAAAUGUCUUUUUAACCAAUUAUUUUGUAAAUCAUCGUAGAAACUCAUUUCGUUAUGAUCGAUUUGGCGCCUAGAUGAACGCCUAGAUGAACGACUAGAUCAAUUUUUAUAACAUGUAUAAUCAAGUAAAUUAAAAGUCCAAACUUAAAGAAACACAUUUUAGAACAUAGACAUCUACCCUAAAGUAUUUUGCUUUAUUUUAGAUAUUUUUAUUUAAAUUAUUUUUCCAUGAAGAAAAGGUAAAUAAAUAAAAAUAUUAUAAUUACUAGAGUUGCCGAUACAUGUUUUAUUAGAUUUUUAAAACCUGAAUUUAUUUGAAAAUUAAUAGUAGAUUUGAUUAAAUUUUGAACCGAGAUCAUACAAAAUUAACUAUAUUCAAUUUUAUUUUGUAUACUAUUUAUUUAUAAUAACAUGUUUUAAGAAAAAAAUAUUCAAACAACUGGAAUCCAUAUUGCAAACCUUAAAUAAGAGUAAUCCAACUUUAAAUUGGCAAUGCUUUAAUAUUAAUAUUCAACCAUAAACCAUUAACAGUCAUUUGUUUCAAUAAAUGUAUUCAACAAGUUGACCAAAAAACGUAUUCAACCAAUUAUAUUCUGGAAACGAAAUCUAGCCUGGAAACGCCGGUUUCAUCACCCUCGAGGAGCUAAGCCAAGCUCUCUCUCGUCUCGGCCUCAACGCCAAUCUCUCCGGUCUCAACUUCGAAGACUUCCCCUCUCUCUACAAGACUUCAGAUCAAUUUCAAAUUAACAAGAUGAGUUCUCCUCUCUCUCUACCUCAGUCAUGGUUGUGGAUGGGGAAGAUGAGUUCAAGACUCCAAUUGAGAGAAGGAGAGAUUAGAGAGACAGCAGAGAAGGAGAAGAAGAGAUAGAUGAAGAGAAGAGACGUCUCUUGUAAUCCUUAAUUAGGAGACGUCUCCUGUAUUUAUUACAAUUUUUUUUUUUAAUCAUAAUUAUACUAAGAAACCUAUCAAAGAGACUUGGAUAAUGAUUCUCUAAUGUUGUCAUGCAUGUACAUCUAAUCGAAACUUUGUUACAUAUAUAUAUAUAUAUAUACCAAUUCAAAAUAAACAAACAUUAUUCAACAGAAACACAAAUCACUCGAUUCUUGAAAAGAUGACAAAUAUCCAAAGAACACGAGUUCAUGUGGUAGUAAUAUUUCUACUCAUCCAAAUAGUUCUCUUCCAAGUGGAAACCAUUGCUUCAAAUGUUCAUCCAAAUAUCUUUACUCGUAAAUCAAUGGUAAGGAUCACAAAUCGCCUCGGAGAUGGUUCGACAUUAAACCUCCACUGUAAGUCCCCAGACGACGAUCUCGGCCUCAAAAUUCUAGCUACGAAUAACUCUUGGUCGUUUACGUUUAGACCAAAUAUUUGGGGGAACACGUUUUUUACUUGUCAUUUCACUUGGCCUCGAGGACACUCAACCGUCAACACACUUCGAUAUAUAUGAUGAUAUUAGAGAUGGUGUUAAUAGGCGUACUCUAUGUAUCGACUGUUUCUGGGAUAUAAGUAUAGAUGGGCCAUGCAGAUUCAGGCUUCGAAUGUUUACGACCGCCCUGCCCCGCACCGUAGUUAACAGUAACAAAAAUCUCUACAUAUACCAUAUAUCUAUACGUUUUUAUAACUGUUAAAACCACAUCGCAGUUGAACCGUUUGUCCCGCACCGCUCAAACCGCAGUUAUCAUUCGGAGCCUCAGUCAAGCAGCUAAUCUCUUUGAUAUAUGUUAUAAAUGGAACGGGGCUCGAAAAGAACAGGCUUUUUUAUUAUUAUUAUUAUUAUUAUUAUUAUUAUUAUUAUUGCGAUGCAAAGGAAGUUUUUAGAAAUGAACGGAACAUUGAGCUAAAGUUAGAUUGAAAUCCAUAUUGCAAACCUUAUAAUAUAAGACUAAUCCAACUUUGAAUGGAUAAUGCAUAAAUAUUGAUUUUCAUUUUUCAACCAUAACCAUUAAUAUUACUUUGUUUCGAUAAAUGUAUUUAAAAUUGUAUAACGAUUAUUAACGCAUAUCAUAAUUCUUCUCAAAAUUCUAACAGUUAACAUACAUAAACAUUCCUUUGUUUCAUUAAAUGUAUUCUAAACGCACAAAUAUGUUAAUGCACAUCAUAAUUCUUCUCAAAACUCUUAACAUUUUAACAUACAUAAUAUUAAUUAAAAUAAAUUAUGCAUACAAAGUAAAAGUACAUUACAAAUUUUAUAAUUAUAUUCAAUAAAAUUCAGUCAAUAAAAAGUAUUUAUACACUUUAAAAACCCGGAUCAAAAUCUAAUAAAUCAUGAAUAUUCCUUUGAUUCAAUACAAUGUUUUUUGUAACACAAUACAUUGUAUUCAACCAAUUCUAAAUUGGAACAAAAUCAAUGUCCUCAUGUACAUCUCAUCUCAGACUUGUUAUAUAUAUCAAUGCAAAAGAAACAAAGAUCAUUCACACAACUUUCAAUUCUUAAAGAAAUGGCAAAUAUCCAAAGAACACAAGUUCUUGUGGUAAUGAUAAUAUCUCUACUCAUCCAAAUAUCUCUCUUACAAGCUGAAACCAUUGCUUCAGAUGUUCAUCCAAAUAUCUCUACUCUCAAAUCAAUGGUGAGGAUAACAAAUCGCCUCGGUGAUGGUUCCACAUUAAACCUCCACUGUAAGUCCUCAGACGACAAUCUCGGUCUCCAAAUUCUAGCUCCGAAUAAGUCUUGGUCAUUUACGUUUAGACCAAAUAUUUGGGGGACGACAGUAUUUUACUGUCAUUUCACAUGGCCUCGAGGACACUCAACACACUUUUAUAUAUACGAUGAUUUCAGAGAUGGUGUUCAUAGGGGUAUUCCUUGUAUCUACUGUUUCUGGGAUAUAAGCAAAGAUGGGCCAUGCAGGUUCAACGAAGCAACGGAUGCUUUUGAUAUAUGUUAUUAUUGGAACGGGGAUCCAAAACAAUAGUUUUGUCUUAUUAUUAUCAUUCGUGUGCUUUUUAACUUUUUAUUUUCUUGUGUUGCACGAUUUUUUUAAUAAAUAAUGAAUGUUUCAUAAUAGUUUGGGAAAGACAAGGAAACAAAAUACUCCAUAUGUUUCAUUUUAAUUGUCGCUCUAAGUUUAUACAUACAGAUUAAGAAAAUAUAUGAUUUUGUAUAUUUUUAAAAUAAAAACAUAAUUAUCUAUACAAUUAACCAUAUUUCAACUAAUAGAAAAAUAAAAUGGAGAAUAUCGUUAAUAAUUUUUGCAUUAAAACUCUAAAACGAUAUUUAUUUUAAAAUAAAAAAUUUU